GUCUUCUCUUCCGGAAGCUGCUCCUCUCCUCCCCCUCAUGGUUUUCUCCUCCUCCUAUCUUCCACUGGAUGACUGCAGCAUCCUAAGGCCUAUUUCAUAUCUGCCGGCUGUCAUAACUGAAUAUUUGAAGAAUAACCUUUCAAAAUGUAAGCAGGCUGGGUAACAUCCCAGUCUCCUAUUCCUAGCUGGAAGGGAACAGAGAUUUCCAGCUGCAUCGCGCAUCAUCGUUAUUGUUAAGCCAACUGAAGCGACUGCUGGGAAAUAGUGAACUGGGUGGAGGGUAAGAUGAUCCAAGGCUCAAAUAUUUUGGGUUAUGAGAGGCCCCUGGUCAUCAGGAUAUCAUUUGCUACUUGUAUUGCGGUUACUGUGUGCCUACCACUGUUAGGACUCAUCACCUGCAUCUCUAUAUCCUCUCUUUUUCACUUUGAAGAUGCUACUGGUACACACUGCCAGGUUUCCAACUACCUACCAUCAAUCAGUGCCUCAAUCAGUCUCAGUCCUGAGUGCCACAUAUGGCGGUUCUGCAUUGGACUUCACUCUGCUCCAAGGCUCCUGGUUGCCUUUACCUACUUCAGGUUUUAUAAGAGCCGCUUUGCUGCCAGGUCCUUAGAGAGCACCCUCAGCUGCUUUAACUUGGCCUUUUCCAUUUCUGAGAACCUGGGCCUUCUGCUUCUCACAUAUGUGUCGUCUACUGAAACAUACUUUGUGCAUAAGGAGGGUUUUGUCCUCUUCAUUGUGAGUUCUCUUAUCUACAUGCUGAUAACCUGCCGUUUGUGGAGAACUAUUAAGAAGUACUCUUUGAGCCCUGAGGACGCCAAGUCUCAUUAUUGGAAAGUUCGCUUCUUGCUCCUCAAUGUUUGCUUCUGUGCUUUUGCUGGAUUCUUCUACUGGAAACACAACAUCUACUGUGAAUCAGGAAGUUACACGUUUUUUGCCCUGUUUGAGUACCUUGUGGUCUUCUCCAACAUGGCCUUCCAUCUGACAGCAGUGUGGGAUUUCAAGAGUCGGGAGGUUGUGGUCAUUUCCAACUUUGAAGAUAAAGACUUCUGACUAGAAACUAAAGAAAGACGUGAUACAUCUGCAGGCAUUAAAGCAGCGGAUGACGAGAGCAGUGAUCCAGUUGAAGAGGACUGGGAUGGGCUUUUUCACAUAUUUUCAUGAGGACAAUUCUUAAAUGAUUAAAGUGUGUCAAUGUGAGUCAGGUGCAAAACGAUUAUGCACACAUAUACACUUGAGGGAUUAAUGAACAAGUCUUGUUCUAAUGUUAUUCCUAUGGAUUGCUUUAAUUUCACUCAUAAUAUUCAGUGAUGUGAAAUGUUUGUUUUCUUUUCAAGCACAGCAACUAAGUGAUGAUACUGUAUGUCUGCUAAAUUGCAGUAGAUGUCUUCUUGUAAGCUCAAGACUGUCAGAAUCCGUUGCUGUCAACAUGGUAUUUGAUAUCACCAAAUAUAGUAUUCAGGUUGAGAUCUAAAGAA